ACAAAAAACAUUUCUUAUGAGUGAUUGUAUCUCGCAAUGUUUUCUUCAAACUACUGCUUCAUCUCCAAUCUAUCAUAUGCAAUCUGGCAUCCAGAAUCCCAGUCAACAUCAAACAGAUAUGUUAAAGGGUGUACUAAAUAUAAAUAGAACUUCAGAGAACAAUCAAUCUGUUCCAUACCAGUCAUUCGACGACAAUAAAUUGCAGACAGGAAAUUUAAUGCAAAUGUUAAAUAUUACUUCAUAUUCUGAAGAGCCAAUCUAUCCUACGCAUCACUUGGUCAGUGAAAAGAAAAUGGACUUGAGUACUACAAAUCCAAAGUUUUCUCACAUCUCUCAAUCUCUAACUCAAGAUUUUCAAAUGCAAGAACACAAUUUUCAAAUAGUCGGAUCUAUUAUGAAUCAAACUGAUUCUGAAUUGCAUCGAUCAGACAUUGCGAAUGAAUCACAACAAAAGCAAUUCAAAAUGGAAGAACAAAAUUCAUCUAAUCAACUUUUAGUUCAUACAAAAGUUAAAACAGCUAAUGUAGCACCAGUUGUAUCAAUAAAACAAUCAACUACUGCAAAUAUCGAAAGCUGUGGAAUCAAUAAAUCGAUAGUUCAGCAACAGAAUAUGCCACACACAUCUAUAGAAACCAACAGAAACAAACAGAAAUUUAGACAUUCACCGUUUAAAACACAGAACUUUUCAAAGUUAAACGCCUUUACACAGGAAAAAAAAGAAUAUUAUAACAUGUCCCGCAACCACAAGGACAAAUAUGAGAACUCCAAUCCACGUCGUAUGUAUACGCUUAUGUCCCCCGAGGAUUUUCAAGCAGGAAAAAAAUCUCAUUGGUCAGAUUUGGAGAUAACAGGCAGUGUAAGAAAUCUAAGCCCUCACUUGUGGCAAAUGACUCAUCUGACAGUUUUGUACAUGAACGACAACAGUCUGCAGAGGUUGCCACCUGAAAUUGGUCGUCUUGUUAACUUGCGCAUUCUUGAUCUCAGCAGCAACAAACUGCGUAGUUUACCUGCUGAACUGGGGGACCUUAUCUACCUCAGAGAAUUGUUAUUGAACCAAAACUUUCUUCGCGUGUUACCAUACGAAUUAGGGAAGUUGUUCCAGUUACAAGUGCUAGGACUUCAAGGAAAUCCACUCAGCAAGGAGGUGAUGACAUUGUAUGGAAACGGAGAGCCUGCAGGAACGAACAAGCUGCUGACAUACAUGUUGGACAACUUACAAGUAACGGCGAACCAUCCGCCCCAAAGACCGUGGAUUCCACUGACGAGGCCCAACAGGACGAGACCAACAUGCAUAUUCACAGUGAUGUGCUACAAUGUGCUGUGCGACAAGUACGCGACGCGGCAGAUGUACGGUUACUGCCCGAGCUGGGCGUUAGACUGGGAAUACCGGAAAAAAGGUAUUCUCGACGAAAUACGACACUAUGCGGCGGACAUCAUCAGCCUGCAGGAGGUCGAGACGGACCAAUUCUACAACUUCUUCCUGCCGGAACUGAAGCACGACGGAUACGACGGUAUAUUUUCGCCCAAGUCUCGCGCGAAGACGAUGGCGGAAAACGACCGCAAGUACGUCGACGGUUGCGCCAUUUUUUACAGGACCGCCAAGUUUUCUCUGAUAAAGGAGCAUUUAGUUGAAUUCAAUCAAUUGGCGAUGGCGAACGCGGAGGGUUCGGACAACAUGUUGAAUCGAGUUAUGCCCAAAGACAACAUCGGACUGGCUGCAUUACUUAGAACUAAAGAAGCCGCUUGGGACAACGGUGUUCCAUCUGAUCCGGCACAAGUGCAACAACCAAUUUUAGUUUGUACAGCCCAUAUCCAUUGGGAUCCGGAAUUCUGCGAUGUUAAACUAAUACAAACGAUGAUGCUGAGCAAUGAAUUACGUUCCAUUUUGGACCAAGCUGGCCAGUCGUUUAGACCCGGCCACAAGCCUGACUCUUCCAAUGUUCAAUUGUUGCUUUGUGGCGACUUCAAUUCCUUACCUGACUCUGGUGUGAUUGAGUUUCUUACAUCUGGGCGUGUGGCGGCCGAUCACCGCGAUUUUAAGGACUUAGCGUACAAAUCGUGUUUACAAAAGAUCUCUGGCUGCGACAAACCCAACGAAUUUACCCAUUCUUUCAAGCUUGCAUCUGCGUACAGUGAGGAUAUCAUGCCCUACACCAACUAUACAUUCGAAUUUAAAGGCAUAAUAGAUUACAUUUUCUACUCGAAACAAAGUAUGGUGCCUCUGGGCCUUCUAGGUCCAUUGAGCCCAGAAUGGUUUAAAGAGCACAAAGUGGUGGGAUGUCCUCAUCCUCAUGUCCCAUCUGAUCACUUUCCUCUGUUAGUGGAGUUGGAGAUGACACCGACAGUAGGAACAAGCAAUGGUUUGAUCUCACGUAGGUAGCAACCGCUGCGAUCUAGGCCUAAGUAACCGUAAGAAGACAAGGACUCAAUAACGAAGAUAAAAAGGAAAAAAGGAUUUGCAUCACUUCUUCUCUAUUUACUUCUGGCUCUAGCAAUAUCACUCGCAAUCGACUAUUAUUCUUAUUAUAAUAGCGAUUAUAAUGUUACACACACAAUACUCCAUGCAUUGCCGCACAUUCAAUCAACACAGCGCUCGCUGUUGACGGAACACCGACGAAUACACGAUUCUAACGACCAGGUGAAGGGAGCCGUGUUGUAAUGCGUUUAGCUAGCCCAUGUAUAGUAUAUUGCAUUUUUAAGAGCUAACUCCCACACCUAAAGAUUAUUGUAAACCUCUCUAUUUACCAUGGUAAUAUGUAGAUACCUAUUUUCCUAUAAAAAAAAAAGUAAAAACGAGAAAACGACGAUAUUCCGAUCAAGAAGCCUCUGUGAUAUCGACAUUUAACACAAUUGGGACAAAUUCACAUAUUUACUACUACUAAACGAAACUAGUAGCGUCUUACUAGAGCGAGACAUUACACCUUAAACGAAUUUCCCACCCUCCCUUCCUAAAUGUCAUUACAACAUUCUCCAAGCCAAUCUUUUGAUAAGAAUGCUGCCAUCCAAUUAGAAAAAAAAAGAAAAAAAAUUGUAUUUUUAAACAAAAUGAAAACAAAAAGAUAUGAAAACAUACAUGCUAUACUGGGCUGUGCGAAGUGAUUGGAGUGAUUGACUUAAAACAAUUUCAAUGCAAGUACAAAUCUGUUCUUAUUGGCCACGUAUAUAUUGAUAUAAUAUGAUAAUGUUAUAUAAGAAAACAAGAAAACAUAGAUGAUAUUGUAGCGAGUGUAUUUGUAAGUAUGGGUAUAAUGUAAUGACGUUCAUCACACAUAUACACACACACAUACACACACACUCACACACGUCUAUCAUAGCGUCAGGUAAGAAUCAGUUUCACAUUCGCUCACAUUUUUAGGUAUUCGUUCGCGGUUCUAAUUAUCGAUGUAUAUUAUCGUUUCUGCAUCACAAUCUACUACUUGUUAAUUCAGUUGCCACCGAAAAAUGCGAGAAAGAAAUUUGUACAACUGCGCGUGAAUAUUUUCGCGUUUCCUCCAACACUGCAUUUCUACCCGUGUGACAUUUUAUUUAUCGCUUUUCUUUAUUAACUUGCAGCAUACAGCUGCAGUCGGAGCUACCAAAAUAUAGAUUUUAAAACUACCUUAGUUAUCAUAGGAAAUGUAUUAGAUUGUUUUUAAGAAUAUUAUGAAGUACGCAAUGAGGAAUGUGCACAAUAUGUAGUGCAAAUAUUCUUGCACGUUAAAUUUUUCCUUCGAAAAUUCACCGAGAAUUUUCUAUUGAUUUGUUUAAUACUUUUUUUAAAUGCAAAUAAUUGGAACGUGCAAUCUGUAUUUACAAUCUUUUACGCAGAUUUACAUUGAUUCGGGUAAAAAGUUUACUAAAAUGGGGAAGAUUGGUACUUUUUUUUAAUGCUGUACAUAAUUUAUUCCCUAAUUUUAUCUUUUGCAGCAAUUGUUAAAAUCCAAAUAUGUAGAUAUAAUUUUCCUUACCUAUGUAUUGUAAAUACGCGAUAAUGGGAUUUUGCAAUGCACAUAUAACGCCAUUCUGUACUUUAGAACGCAUAAUGGAAAUUUGUUUUAAAUACUUAAAAAUACUGUGCACAUAUUCUGUAGUGGCAUUACGCAGGAUUCGAUAUCUUGCUUUGUGUGUGAUUUUAUCAUUUCUUUUUCCGAGAAAAUAUAAAAAUACCUAUAUUUUUCGCGCACUAAUUACAUGUCAUUCUUUUCUCUAAAACACAUUAAACUAAUAAUUUGUAAAAGAUUUUUUUAAUGCGAUAAAUGUAAUUCUUAAUAUGAGUUCCAAUAUUAUCAAAUGCACACCCACAAAGCAGGAUAACAGUUGCAUGACCGGUAUUGAAUAUGUUCGAGAAGAUACGUAAGUUUAUAAUUCAUAAAUAUUUUAUGAAUAUAUAGUGUAGCAAUUGAUCUCGUUGUGUGACAGAUAAAUAAGGACGUAAUUUUUCUUUUGUAGAUGUGAAAAAUGUUUCAACUUGUAUAUUAAUUUGCGGAGUCCCCCCCCUCCCCCCCCACCAACUGAAUUACACAAGUAAAAGAUUAGUUUAUCAAAGACAUGUGUGUAGUAAAUGUUGUAAAAAAUAGAUAAUUAUGCUGUUGUAGUUUUAAUUAUCUCGAUGAAAGAGGUGGCAUCUCUUCGGUAUUUGUAUAUUCCUUCGUCUUAAGCAUGUUUUCUCACGGCAAGCGAAUGAUGUAGUUUAUUAGGAUCGAUUACCGGCUACUUUGGGCCUAAUUUAAAACCCUUGGAAAAAAACAAACGAUGUGUAAGCAAGGUGGCGAACUUUUCUUCAACAAUGAUGACAAAAUUUGGAAAAAUCUUAAUUUGUGCUAUCUUAAAAGAAAAAAGGCGCAUGAUAAUAAUCACUUUUAACUCGCUCCUCUUUUUAAUAUUGCGAUAUGUAUCACGUAGCAAAAAAAAAUAGAUUACAAUUUGUAACGUCUCCUAACUAAUCUAUCAAGUGUGGAAAUGUAUUUUCAGCAUGAAAGUACCUAUGUUUUUUCCGCAGCAAAUCUUUCGACAGAUUGAACAAUCAUGAUCAUUGCGCGAAAAAUCUUUCUUCGGAAUAAAAGCGACGCAAUUUUGCAAAAAUUAGUUUGCCAACAAUUACCGCGGACACGCGAAAAAUAGCGCACAAAUCAUAAUUUUAUCAGCAAUAUUUAAGAUUGCAUGGGUAUUUUCAUCGCUUGAUCCAUAAAGAUCACUCUGUAAUUGUCUCUUAUCUACUAGCAAAGAAAAAAGAAAACGAAAAAAAAUAUGAGUGUAUACGUUGUAUCGAUCGCUAUUCGAUUCUUUUUAAAUACGUGGAUACAUGGAUUACGUUUUAGAGUAAAUGUAACGAUUAAUUGUAAUAUGUGCGAUGGGAAAGUAGCGUUGGGAUUUUGUUUGAUCGUUCUCCGACGACGCGUAUAAAAUCAAAGCGGUUUAUCUAAAAAAAGAAAAAAAAGGUGCACAUAUGGCACAUGUAACGGCAUUUUGUUUUGUGAACAAGAAGAACGAAACGAGUUGGUUGGGUGAUAAACACGUGCUCUCAUGCAUUUUUGGCUCUCACACGAAGCCGCCUGCGCCAUAGUAUUUCGGAUAUAUUAGCUUGAAGCUUUGAAGUAAUGGAAGCUCGAGAAGAUUAAUGAUUCAGAUAUACUUUAACUUAGAUUACGAGCACUCUCGCACACGUCGCAUUCGCGGUGAUUUUACGAAACGACAUUUCGAUGAUCGAUCUCGAUUCAACAUCGUAGAAGGAAAAGUUGACAGUUUAUUCGUGAAAAGAAUACAUUUCGUCAGAAAUGUUUCGUGCAAUUGAUUUGCACUUUGAUGAAGUGACGUCUAUCUCUUUAAAUUUGUAGAUAAUAAUCUAAACGGAUUAUUAUAUUUGUCAUCCAGAAUCAGUGAGUACACUCAUUACAGUACACAUUAUCGCGCUAUUCCGUCGUUUCUGAAAUCGCCAAUUUUCUCUCGGAACGCUAAUCGUUCAACGAGAAUAAUUUUAUCACGUACGAUCGACACGCAAAAGUCAUUGCGAAAAAGUGCAACGGUUAAUGAUGAAUGAAUAAAUUAUCACCAGAAAUUGUACGCUGUAACAUUAUCUUAUAAUUAGGGUAACGUGUUCUCUCGUUUUUUCUGUAAGGCACAUAUGUAGCGACAUUUUAAGGGAGUUAUGCACAUGUACUAUAACAAAAGUUUGAUGAAUCCUGAUUGAAUGUGGCUUUCUCUUCCGGUGUAUUAUUAACGUCGGACGACAAUUUGUACAUAUGUUUUUUUAUUGAUAUCUUGUCGUUCGAAAAUUUUUUAGAACUUAAUACGCAUAAAUAUUAACGAUCCCAGUAACAAAACCCUAGAUAUCGUACCGGAAUAAUGCGUGACGUAUAUUAAAGUAGAUCUAGAUAUUUAAAGUAGAUCUAUACAACACUCGGAAUAAGUUGAUUGUAAUCGCAGUUGCAUUGCAAAAGAUUAUGGCACUUUUAACUGGCUAGUUUUAAAUAAUUAGCGGCUUAUCAUAGCAAUAUUUCUAAUUGUGCUAUCUAUAUAAUUUUUAACGCAAUUUAUUGUAUUAUUUUAUAUUCUAAAAUAUUUCCAAAAUUUUGCAAUUUUUGAUUGGUAUAAUAUUUCGUUUUAGCAAUUUGAUAUCGUUAAAUUAUAAUUCUUUUGUAAUGUGUAAUAUUUGGUUUCUACAAUAUAAAUGAUACAUGAUAUAUUAUCACUGAUGAGGAGUAAGAUAUUUAUCUAAGCUUGACAAUAAAUAGAACAGUCGUAGAGACUAUCUUUGUAAUCAUUUAACAAAAUCAUUCAAUAAAGAAUGAUUUGUAGUGCUCUUGCAAUGUCGGUGAUAGGCUGCUGGCCUACAAUAUUUUAUCAUUUUAUUGAAAAAGUUGUUUUAAAUAUUUAAAUAAUUCUUCACUUUCUCAAUCAUAUUCAAAAGUAACGUUUUAUCUUUAUUUGCGAAAGAUGUGUAAAAUUGUAAUUUAUAGUCGUAUGAUCUUAUAAAAACCUAAUUUAUUAACGCGUUCUGAUAGCACCGUGUGCGAAAAUGUUUUUAUUCCACUUUUCUAUUUAAAAAGAAAAAAGAAAUUUGUAAGGUGCCAAUCUUGAGAGUAAUGCAUCUUGAGAUACUGUCUGAUGCAUUUUCAGACAUUGUCCCUUCAGAACUGCAAUUGCAUUUGCGAGGAGGUGCAAUGAAGUGCGUAGUUUUAUAGUAUCAUACUACAUGGCUCUAAAUAAACUCUGAGAAUUCAAAUUUGAUAAGACGUCGAUGUAAAUUAGUAUUAUUACCGGUAUUCAAGAUAUUAAACAAGCGAUUAAAUAAGGAUUCAUCAAACUCUAGCAUAUAAUAACGUAAUCUUUAUCUAUACAUUGUCACUAAAUUGCUUUAAAUCGAAUUAGCGAAGAAAAACACCAUUUAAGCUUUUAAGAAAUCUCGAAUAGUGCAUUACGCACUUUUUUUCUGAAUACAUUAAUUUUUAAUCUGAGCUCCUA